AUGGCAGUGCUUCACAAGGUUCUACUUGCGUGGUUCCUGUUCACCGUAUUUCUCGUCCUGCUCGCGCUGAGGUUGGACGAGAAGACCGACUGGAAUUGGUUCAUCGUGUUCGUCCCCAUGUGGGCGUUUGACAUCAAGCUUUUCCUUUACCUAACCAUACGCCUCAUGAAGUCGUGCAAGCGGCGACACGAGAACUCGCGCGAGAUACGCCGGAGGUUGUGGGCCCUGUGCUGCCUGCUCCUGAAAUCUGCCUUCCAGAUAUGCCUCUGCACGCGACUACAGUACACUUCGAGCUUCCCGUGGGUGUUCGUGGCGCUGCCGCUGUGGAUUCUCCUGCUCGGCGUCUCGUGCAAUGUGCUCGUGCAUCUGGUGUCUCAGAGCUGA